CGAGUACUACUAUGUUAUUGCCAUGGCACCAGCGUACCCCGCUUACAUGGAAGAAUCUUGGCAGCCUGUAAAUGAUCAAAACAAAAGUCAGCUAAUCCCUUCGAUCUCCCUUAUGAUUCCAAGUAUGAAUCAAAUGACAUGUUCUUGGACAUGAGUUCUUUACAAGGGGCAUUGCCCGACAUCCAGACGCCACCAACUUUCCUUAAUGGUGUAUCGCAACCAUGGCUCGCUGCAGAUUCUGUACCAUCGUACCUACCUGCUCCAGCAGGCGCGCAAGGUGGCUUAGCAUGGAUGGCUGAGCAAGCAUCAACGUCCCAACUACAGAAUCCAGCUGCACAAGGCCAUGUUGGAGGAAAUCCAUUUGCUUAGAUACUCCACGAUCUCUCCUUCAUCUUCAAUGCAUCUAUUUAUUUUAUUUUAUUUUUAAAAGAAACCACUCUUGUCGUGCAUUGUGUUUAUUUUCUUAGUUCGAAAUCAACUUCGACUGUAUGUACUACGUUGAGUUUUGAGUGUAUUUUUGCAAGUGGACUUA